UGUCGGGAGGCUUGUGAGUGGGUUUUGGGUGGGAACAUAGAACACUGAGGGGUUAGGAGGCAUCAGGAAGCAUUUCUUUUUCACGGGGGCCUCUCAAGGCUGCUCAAUACAGCUGUGCUUUGAGACCGUGCUGUUGGAUGGUUGUGCUCAGACGCUGCACAUCCUUACAAACUGCAUUGCAACUGCUGCUGCCACUUUCUCUUUGUGCUGUUGGUGUGCCUGAUGGGGACACAAUGAACCUAGAAAAGCUAAGCAAACCAGAACUACUGACUCUGCUCAGCAUCUUGGAAGGGGAGCUGGAGGCAAGAGAUCUAGUCAUCGAGGCAAUAAAGGCAAAACAUAAAGACCGAUUUAUUGCAGAACGAUAUGGGAAGUAUAAUAUCAGUGAUCCUUUGCUCGCACUGCAGCGGGAUUAUGAGACACUUAAGGAGGAGAAUCAUGGGCAAAAACCUCCUGUCUGUUCCAAUCCACUCUACAUCUUGAAAGAAGUGAUGAAGCAAUGUAAAACCAUGCAAGAGCGGAUGCUAGCUCAAUUGGCCACUGCAGAAAGCAGGCACAGAAAGGUAAUACUGGAUUUAGAAGAAGAAAGGAGGAGGCAUGCUCAGGAUGCAGCGGAUGGAGAUGAUGUGACAUACAUGUUAGAGAAAGAAAGAGAGAGGCUGGCACAGCAGCUGGAAUUUGAGAAGUCUCAAGUUAAAAAAUUGGAAAAAGAGCAGAAAAGGCUUUCUAGUCAGCUGGAGGAGGAGAAAGCCCGUCACAAGCAACUGUCAUCUGUUCUUAUGAAAGAGUGUACAAAAGCCAACAAUAGGGCAGUGGAGGAAGGACAGAGAGUGGAAGAUGUUAACCUAAAGCUGGAAAAGGUUAGAAACAAAGUGAGCCAGCUAGAAGAAGAGUUGUCUCUUGAAAAGAAACGAGGCUUGCAGAUGGAAGCACAGGUGGAAAAGCAACUUUCAGAGUUUGAUAUUGAGAGAGAGCAACUGAAAGCCAAGUUAAAUAGAGAAGAAAAUCGCACGACAACUUUAAAAGAAGAACUGGAGUCCUUAAAAAAGUCCUUGAAAGAGCUGAAGACCACCAACCAAGUUCCAGUGCCUUCAUCCAAGGAAAUAAGUGAGCUGGUGUCUAUUGGUGUAUCAACAGAGAAAGCUGACUUCGUUUCUGUGUCAUGCCAGACCGAACCCUUCCAAAAUGAAAAAUGUCACACGGAUGUUUCUGCAAAAUCCAAUAUCCCCUUUUUAGCUCCAUCUAAGAUUCCUCAGCCAUAUUCCAAAAUAAAUGGGCACUGUAAUACAUCAACACAGAACAAUGAGCCCAUUUUAAAAUUAAACGUGGGAGACAACCAGAAAGAAAAGUGCAAUGCAUCAGACAGUCUGUCUGACAAUGGGAACUCCCCAGUCAGAGUAGAGUCUCCUCUGCAUAUGACAGGACACCUUUCUUCAAGUGGUGCUUCUUCCUCACCCAUCAGUACAGCAGCUUCCUCCUUAACUUCUUCUCCAUGCUCUUCUCCAGUGCUUUCACGCCGUCUGAUUGGAGCAACAGCCAACAGUCCUGGUUAUCAAUCUUCCUACCAAGUUGGUAUCAACCAGCGCUUCCAUGCUGCCCGCCACAAGUUCCAGUCUCAGGCAGAGCAAGAUCAACAUGUUACUGGUUUACAGAGCCCCCCUUCCAGGGACUUGUCUCCAACCUUAGCAGAUAAUUCAGCAGCCAAGCAGCUUGCACGCAAUACUGUGACUCAGGUGCUAUCCCGCUUCACCAGCCAACAGACCUCCAGCAAACCUGUACCUCCCAACAGCUCACCUUUUGGCACAGAUUAUAGAACCCUUGCCAAUGCUGCCUCUAAUCAGAAGAGUGAUGGAAGCCAUUCCCCAAACCCUUUGAAAGUUUCUAGCCCUCUCAGUCCUGUAUCACCUGGAAUUAAAUCACCAACCAUAUCUCGGGUUGAACGAGGAAACCCCCCACCAAUUCCUCCAAAGAAACCAGGGUUAGCUCAGUCUCCAGCAUCUCCCAUACCACCAUCCAAAGCAACCAACCAAUCAUCUGCUUUGGCAGCCUCAGUGGAGGUUUCAGAUACCUACUACUCCAAUAACGGAGUCUUCACAAAUGGAAAAGAAAUUGAAAUCAUGCUUCCAUCUGAUAGCUAGUUUCACCCCAGUCUUGUGAGGACAUUGUUCCAUGACUUAAUAACACUGUCAGACCAUUGUGUCUGAAUUGUGCUAUACAAUUAAGAUGAUCAAAAGUAUGUUAUUUAUUUUAAUAAUCAAAAACAUUUUCCCAUAUCCCCGAUUUCAUAUUCCUUUCCUUUUUCUGUGGAAGUAUUAUUUUUAAUUAGAAAACAUUUCCAGGAACUUUCUGAUAACCUAGAGCAUAAAAUGCAGUCUUAAUACCCAAUAGAAAAGCAAAAGACUUUUUUUUAAAAUUCAUGCAUCUUGAGUGGACAAGAGUGUUUUAAAAAUUGGGUUGCUGAUAAUUAAGAGAACCAAGUAAUGUCUGGCAGUUAUAAAUUUAUCUCUACCAGCAUCUUUUGAUCCUGAUUACCAGAUAUCUGUGAUUAAUUGCCUGCAGAAAGGUCUGUCGGUGUAUUUCAGAGUAAGUAAACAACUUUGGUGUGGGAAUCUAUACCAGCUUGCCAGUAUAUAUAUAUAUAAAAUCUCCCUGCAGGCAGCACUCCGCUUGUAAAAUUUACGUAAACAGUUUAAAUAUUUUAAAGAAAGACCAGUAACAACAAGAUAUCUGUGUGUGUGUGUGUGUAUAUUAUAUAUAUAUGUGUGUGUGUGUGUGUGUGUGUGUGUAGAGAGAGAGAGAGAGAAGGAGAUUUUGUAUUUCGUGUUCUUUAAGCUUUAAUUAAUUAACUUCCCAAUUCAAUUAAUCCUGCGUUUUAACACUUUAUGCACAGGCACUAGCGCAGCAGUAAGGAUGUGUGAGCUCUCCAGUGGUCAUGGUUGCUUGGGGCUAACCAUACUGCUGUAGUUGUUAAAUAAAGAACCAGUUUGCCAAAUG